AUGGAUAUUGGCAAUGGGUUAACCCUAGAAAAAGUGGGUAAGUUUUGUUAUUUGGGUGAUAUGCUAAACGCAGAUGGUGGUGUAGAUUCUGCCGUUGUUGCAAGGGUCAGCCAAGCUUGGAAGAAGUUCAGAGAGAUGUCGUCUAUUCUUACAAAUAAAAAAGUAUCUCUGAAGUUGAAGGGGAAAGUUUACGUAAGCUUUUGUUUAGUUUAUGGCGGCGAAACAUUGACAAUGAAAGCCACUCACGAAGCCAAAUUAGAAAGAACAGAGAUGAGGAUAAUUAGAUGGAGUGUAGGGUAUCUUUGA